ACACGAUGUCUGAACAAAAGGCGCUGCCUACUCGAAUGGUUUUGCAGGCUUUUAAGGCGAAAGCCGUUUCUGCAAAGAAAGGUUAUGAGCUGCUGAAGAAGAAAUCGGAUGCGCUCACUGUUCGUUAUAGAAAGCUUCUAAAGGAAAUUCUCGAGAUGAAGCGAGAAGUCACUGAAAUGAUGAAGAACGCUUCUAUUUCUCUUUCUGAAGCCAAGUGGGCAGCUGGAGAUAUUACUCGGAAAGUAAUCGACAAUGUUAGCAGUGCUUCAGAGAUUCUCGAAGUUCACAUUGAUAACGUUGCUGGAGUGCGCCUGCCUGUUUUCAAAUCGAAGCACCGAGAUGUGGCUGACGAGCCAACUCUGGGUCGCGGAGGCCAGCAGCUGGAGAAAUGCCGUAAGAUCUGGUCCGAAUUCCUGCAAGUUCUGAUCCGUCUGUCCUCUCUGCAGACUUCCUUCAUUUCCCUGGAUGAAGCCAUCAAGGUAACAAAUCGCCGUGUGAACGCUCUGGACAACGUGGUGAUCCCGGGCAUUAUCGCAAACAUCCACUACAUCGAGUCGGAGCUGGACGAACUGGAGCGAGAAGACAUUUUCCGACUGAAGAAAGUGCUUCAAGUCAAGAACCGAAAGGAGGAGGAGGAGAAGCUCGGCGCAGGAGGCGAAGAGACGUUCGAGGAGUGUGAGGAAGAUACGGAGAACCAUGAUAACAUCUUGAUGGACUACGUCAUUGAGGAAGAUGACGAUGACGUUGUUGUUUAAUUGUUCAGAUGCGCUUUCAGU